UGAUGUGGGCAAAAGUGGGGCCUGUAGGAGCAGUGGUUGCCUUUGCCAUCCUCAUAGCAGUGGUGUGUUAUGUCAGCCAGACCAGGAAAAAGAAAAACAUGAAUGAAAGUUCUAGCUUCAUGCAAACUGAAAACCCUCCUGUCGUCUACAGUGGAGACUACAGGAUUCCAGGCAAUCUGGAGAAAUCAGAGUAUGGGCGCUGCGACAAACGGCUCUUGAACAAAUGUGAGGACCUGGGUAUUGACUACGCCAACAUAGACUUCACCAAACUGUCCACCAAGGACAGCUACACCCUGACAGAAGAGCUGGCUGAAUACGCCGAGAUCCGAGUCAAGUGAGGCCUUCCCUCCCUCUCACCAACCACAGCAGCUCCCACGGACCUCCACCCAUUGGAACUAUCAUAGUCUAAUGAAACCCCUGGCCAUGCCUGUUGGCUACCCAGUCAGCCCCUCUGAGAGGACCCAGUCCCAUCAACUGGCUUGAAUGUCCUGAUCCUGUGUGACAUUUUCCCCUCCCUUGGAGUGCAUACCGAAGAUCACUCGGAUGCAGAAUAGUUUUCACAACCUUCUUUGGGCCACCCAGUCAGAAUGGUAAAAGGGUGGCUGCAUUCCACUUUGGCAACGACACACUGGUGAAAUGUGGUGUGUCAAUCCCAAUCCGCGCUACUGAUGUGCGCAGCUGGGAAGGGAUUCUACAUUACGAUCUCAACGAUGAGAUUAACCAAUCCGGAAUAAGCCGAGUGAUCUUAGGCAUGCACCUAUGUAGUUCCACAAAGGGGUCGCUUUUCGGUGUGCACAUGUGAAUGGGUCAGAUCCCCGCUGGUGCACAUGCGCUUUCCUCCAGCAUGACCGAUUAAAACAAGUUGUAGAUCUGAUCCCUCAGAUCCGAAAGGUCUGUUUCACAUUCCAGGUCCAGGUUUUAGAAAGCAGUAAGCUCUGGGAACCAAGCACUAUCUCAGGAGCUCUCACAGACCAAUGUCCUACAUUAAAACAA